AUGCCGGGACUACAACACUACACCGCGCAGGGCUACGACGCCUACAAGCAGACGCUGGAGACGAUUGGAAAAGGAAAACGUGUCGUCGCGCUGUUCACCGGCUCCAAAAAUCUGAGCACCGGCCAAUCGUGGUGUCCGGAUUGUGUUGUUGCUGAACCAAUCGUCGACCAGGUCAUCCAGGAUACUGUAGUCGCCGCCAUCGACGUCCACUUCAUCACGGUCUUUGUUGGGAAUCGUGAAGUCUGGCGCGACCCUGCUGUCGGCUUCCGUACGGAUCCAUCUCUCAAGCUGACGUGCAUCCCAACCCUUUUGGAGGUUAGAAACAAGGCCAAACGUCUUCUGGAGGGCCAAAUUGCCAAUAAGAAUCUGGUCAAGGACUUCUUCGUUGAUGAGGAUUGA